UGGACGGUGGAGGAUGGCGGCGCCCAGGGCAGCGGACUCCCCGAGUCGGAGCUGGCCGAGCGCGGCGGCUGAUGCCCCACUGGAGAUAGUGGCCCCCACCUGGUCAGAGGUGGUGGGCGAUCCAGCCAGUGAACCCCCGACCCCUAGUUGGACCAGCGUAGUGGUUGAGAACCCCGCGCCCAGCCCUAGCCGGCCGCCCGCCUGCCGCGGUAUCUCCUGGACUCCGGCCGAAACCAACGCGCUGAUCGCGGUGUGGGGUGACGAGCGGCUGCAGGACGUGCUGGAGGGCAACCUGCGCAAUUCGCACAUCUUCGACAGGAUCUCGCAGGCCCUGCGCGAAAUGGGUUACGAGAGAAGCGCCAACCAGUGCAAGGAGCGUAUAAAGACUCUAAAGAGGUGCUAUAGUCGAGUGAAGGAACGAGGUCGGGGUAAGAGAACCUGUAACUAUACAUUUCAGCAGCUGGAGCAGGUCUUCGGACGUGUGCCUGUUGUGUGGGAGCAACACGCCUAUCAGCCUGUUCUUAUUGACAGCAGUGGACUGUACCAGGACGCAAAACCAGGCACUAUUAAUUUGGAAGAAAGCCGGGAGGUGCAGCCAACCGAGUUGGAAGAUUGGGGAAACCAAAAACAAGACUUGCUUAUCAAGCAGGAGCUGCUCAUGAAUCAGAAGCAGGAACUACAGUCCUACCAGAGACAGGAUCUCUCUGUAUACCAGGACGCAGAUGAGGAUGUGGAAGAAAUGAAUUUAGUAAAGAAGAAACCACCAGCACGGCGUGAAUCCACAGAAAACAUGCAGAAACCAGAGAUUCUGCAAGCCCUCAUGGCACUAUUGGACUCAGUCCACCCACGGUGGCAGGAUUUCCAAAGCUAUGACGAUCUCGGCAGUACGUACUUUGCAAAUAAACUUGGUAUCUUCGCUAUUGGUUAUAAUACGAGAUGGGUGGAGGACAUACGAUAUCAUUAUGCAGAAAUCAGCUCGCAGGUGCCGGUUGGAAAGAGACUGAAGGAAUAUUUAAAUCCAGAUAAACCAGAAGGCAAAGUGAUCGCUGUUAAGCGUCAAAAAAUGAACUGGAAGAAAGUCUAUUACAAGCUAUUUGAGAUCACAAAAAGUGAGGCACGUUGUCUUGAGCUACACUUUGCUUUUGAAUGGAUACCCAUUGCCCUUUCCCGUGCAGCCAGUGACAACACCGUACAAUAUUUGCUUCCGGGCGGGAUCCCGGAUACUAAUGGACUAUAUGUCAUUGGUUGUGAAGAGGCAGAGGACGAGAAUCUUUCCCCACGGCGAGAUUACGGCAUUCGAGUGCUGCCAAGGGUGUCGCUGCAGCGGGACUCGAGUGGCAGUACUGCAGGACCAUCGCUUUUGGAAAAUGAAGUUAAUGAUGCCAGUGAAAUGAAGUCAAAAAUUCAUUACUGUUAUCUAGGUGUGGCAGAGGAGCAAACCAUUCGCCAGUGCAUACUGCAACACUUUCAACCACCAGUCAAGAUGCUGGGCAUGGAGACAUGUUCAAUCAACAGCUUCCUCUCUGAAAACUGCCGAGCAGGAGCCAUCUCCAGAUCUAUUUACAUCAAAUUUAUAGAAGUAGAAAAAGAGUAUCUCUCUUCAGGCUGCGUGCAGGAGUGUUUGGAAAAAGCCAUGGGGUAUUCUUUACGGUUCACAAAGUAAAUUCCAACCAGAGCCAACAUAAUCAAUUGUGAUGUACAAAGAUUUCUGCCUGGUCACAUUUAGAACUGCAAUAAUGUCAGGGUUUUGAUUUUAAAGCUUCCCACAUUUACUGUACUUGAAGGGUUUCAAUACUAUUACGGCUGAGAGAGAAAAACAAGAAGUUGAGUCACUUUGCUCAAAACAAAUUGGAAUGGAAGUGCAAGACAGUAGCUGAAAUGCUAGACAUGUAGUUUGGAGUUGGUCUGCUCUGUGGAUUUAAAGUUCAACUCUUGAAAGUGAUUGUUGGAGCCCCAGUACUUUAACUACGCUGAAAAGUCUAAUGUCUUGGUUACAGUUAAGUUGAGUUGAGUUACAGGCUAACCAGUUUAGGUCAGGAAUGCAGAUCGUGAGAGCAUCUAAAUGUUACACUGAAGUGGUGGUAUGUUGAGAUGUUUGCCUUACUUGCAUUCUGUGGUUUUAGCAUUGCCCAGUAGUCAAACCCACCAGUCACUUUUGUGAUGACUUCACUGGGUUACAGGCCAUGCAACCAAUUUAAUUGGGUGCAAAUCCAAACACGGAGAAAGGGAAAGAUGGAAUUGAAAUGGGAUGUAUCUGCAUGCAUGCCUUUUCCACUGAACUUAGCAUUGAACUUGCGAAGAAGGAAUCUCUGGUUCCUUUUUCAUUGUUUAGAAGCUGCUCUGGAGUAGCCUCAGUCAGCCAAAGUGUUAAUUUAAUUUUCCUCCUUUUGAUAAAAUAUGACCCAAUUGUUAACAGAAACACAAUCCCAAGAACCUGAUUUUGUUAUGGUCGUGACCAAGCUCCAAACUGUCCAGCUGCAAUUUUCCUGGCACUUAAACUCACGUGCAUAGUGCCUGGAAAAUAUUGUGUGUUUGAUCUGGGCACACACUGAACAUUUUGGCUAGGUUGGGGUAAAUACAGUGGCAGCAGAUGGAAAAAAAAAUAUGAAAGUUUGGAUCUGUGGUAGAUUGCAAAUGUGCAUUUGAACUCUUCGUGAGUUGAAUCCUAGUUCAUAUACUUUAUGGUCUCAGUGUGUUGAUCUCAGAUUAUUUGCAUUGACCUGAUGAGAUUCUCCAGCAGUUUGUUUCUUGACAAUUUCUACCUGGAACUAUUUUAAAGUCAGUAGUCUACUCCACCCUUGACAGGUACUUGUAUGAUUUACCAACUUAACUAAUGAGUGCAAGCAGCACCCUUUAAAUGAGAUUCAGUGCAAAGAUUCCAUGAAUGAUUUCUACCUUCAAUAAUAGCUGAAUAUAACCCCAACUUAUUUGUUUGAGUUAGUACUCUCCCUAUACAGUCAGAAGGAAAAUGCCUUGUUAGCACCAGUCAGUUUCACCCCAAAGUGGUCUUCCACAGUCAGUUACAUCAAACAAUCCAGUCUUUGACCGAGUUUGUGGAUUUGCACAAGCUAUCAGGGUUUUGAGCAUUUCGAAUAUAUUUUUCCUACCAGUCAGUGCACAGGUCAGCUGAUGGAAGUUAGGACUUCAGUAUUGCAGUGUGCUAUGAAUUAAGGUAUAACUCUGUGACAUUUGUGUGAAAUGGGGGCACUUUAUUUCUCUAAAUAGGACUUGGUACAAAUUACAGGCUAAGUUUUUCCUAUGCAAAAUGGGUCCAAUGAAACCUUUGUUAGAGUUAAUAUUCCAAGUUUUUUGAAAUAAUGGCCAUUUCCACCUUUUCAUUGUUUUUCACCCUUUAAGUUGUAGUGUCCACAUCUGUUGAGUUACUAAUGAAACGUGAAUGACUUGAAACAUCUUUUGUGGUGAGCUUUUGACAUUGUGAGGAUAUUUUAAGACCUUGGAGACAAAGUGAGAGAAAAUGCUGCUGUUGCUUUUCAGUCCUUUUAAGCUAACUAUUUUAAUAAGAAUAAGCUAUGAAGCUAUGAAUAUAUUGAAGCUUAAUCCUAGUUUGUUAACUAGUGUCAUCUUACUUUGAAUAUGUUCUCCCUAAUCUGAAAAUGUUGGGAAUCUAAAACUUCACUGUAAAAUCCCCAAUGGCUGUUCAAUAGAUAAUGCUAGAGUGUCUUUUAAAAUUUCAGAUGUACAUUUGGUAUUGACAGCCCGUGCCAAACAAAGUGAAAAAAUGUAUGCUAUUUUUCAAAAAAAAAUCGUUAUGAAAGUUCUAUUUCUUUCUGGCAACUAGUGAAACAGACAUUGCAAAGCUUUAUUUCUGAGUCCAAUAAGAAAUGAAGCUUUUAAGUUGACAAUAGAUUUCACUGAGCAACAGACACAAGAAAUCCUGCAGAUGCUAGAAAGCCACAGAGCAACACACAGAAAAUGAAUGGAAAUGCAGAUUUCCAGCGUCUGAAGAAUCCCUUGUGUUUAAUUAUCACUGAGCGCUGGUUAUGCUUCUAUAGAUUCAAAGACACAGCUAAGUAGAUGAGAAAGUUCCCAGAUUUCUUCCGUUAUCUGUGACUUUACAAUGAUUAUGGAAGACAGCAGAGGCAUAGCUUUGAGCAUUGAAGUGAAUAAACUAUCAGGCGUCCUAUUUCUUGCUGUUGGGUAUCCUCCGAUCUUUGUUUGACAGGAUAUACCAUUGGAUCUGGUGUAAUAACUUGCUCAGACAAGGCCAGGAUAUUUCAAACUUGUUUCCUCCUCCCCUUUUGUGAGCUGCUACUUACUGUCUGGACCUGUACGCUAUCUGACAAGAUAAUAUAGAUGUUGUCCUGUCUUGAGUUGCAUUUCAUGAACUGAUUCCUUUGACAGGAGGCAGAAGAAUACAGCAGAAAGCUUUAUUUCAGCAAUUUAGUGUGAGAACAUUGAUGUUUUGGCAGGGCAGCAGAAUUUGUGUCUAUGAAUAAUUAUAAUCUGGAUUAUGGAAUGUAAAGUAGCAAGAGAUCAUUCCUGUGCUCCCAUACACUGUAAGGAGUCCAAAUUAUUAAUUUCAUUCCUCUAUGGCAGGGGUUCCCAAACUUUUUUUUUUGUCAUGGACCCCUACCAUUAACUGAAGGGUCCUUGGACUCCGGGUUGAGAACCCCUGCUGGAUGAUCUGUCGGCUAGUGCGACACAAAUGCAACAUGAAAUCUGUUCUUUAUUCUCAUUAAUCUGGCUUUAAUUUCCCGAUGUGAUGCUUUUUACAAGCAGUACCACAUUGUAGUAAAAUGGAACUGUUUUAAAAUACAAUAAAAGCUGUCAUUGGGGAUGGGUGGGCGGGGGGUGCUUCAAGUUUCAUGAGAGCACUUUUCUCUUAGUGUUUCUCUCCACUAAAAGAUGUGGUAUGUGUUAACGUCACAUAUCCUCAAACUCCUCCAGAACACCUAAUUGGAGCUGCUUUGAUUGAAAACUGAUUGGAAGUUCUCUGGUGAUAUUGCUGGUACUACUUGGGGUGCUACAUUUGAAGUAGCUCGUACAGUAAAAGAAAGGGGCAAGGCACUCAAAGUUGCAAAAUGUAAUUUCCAUAAACAGCAAUCAUUGCAACUCAGCCCAACUUCACUAUUUUACUCUUCUCUUUAUGAAAAGGUUACAUUAUUGUUUUCUGCGUCGACAUGUCACAAUGAUUACUUCCUAAACUUUUCAGUAAAUUAAUUUCUAAAUUGUAAUCUAAAGGUAAUCCGUUAGUGCCACACAAAGUAUUUUGGUAUUAAUCACAGUCUCAAGAUGAUUAGAUAAUUUUGCCUCAAAACAGAAUGAAGCAUUUUGAAGAAUUUGGGCUGUUGACUUUUCCCUCGAUACUCCCAAAAACAUUCAUCCAAUCCAAUUGGAACUAAUUGACUUUCACUCAGAAUAUAUAGUUUGGGGAAGUUGUUUUCCAGUAACAUUACAAGGCAGCCUCAUCUUUGUGGUUGUGUGGGCACCAUUAAGACUAUUCAAAGGGUAAAUCCUGGUCCCAACAAAAACAAAAUUGUAUUUUGAAUAUUGGAAAUUAAUAUUAAACUUGAGGUGCACUUUGAAAACUCUCCCUUGUCUGUGGUUUUGGGCACAGACAGUGUAGAUUGCUAUUUGUACCCUGAAGUAUUUGUGAAUUUAAAAAAAAACAACUUAGCAUUAUUUCAAUACCUAACAUGAAAUAAUGUCACCGGUCUUAUGGACACUUAGGUUAUUUAAUUUUUAAUUUUGUAUUGGUCAGUAUUUAAGAUUUGAAAUGAAUGUCACUUUCCCUGAACAUGAAUUUCCAUAUCUUCAAAUAUGCUAUUGUGAAGGAUCUAAUUAUGAUCAGAAUUUUGUUAUCGAAUUGAAACUGACAUAUAAUUACAAGUUGUACAGUUGAGAUCAAUGUUUGGACAUAGAUCUUGGAAACUAUGCAAAGUUUUAGAUUCAGACUGAUCUUUUAAUUACAGUAUGAUUCCCAACUUGUUAAUCAUGAAAGAAAUACACCUGUCGUUCAAUUAUGUGGAUCUGAAUUAAAAUGAGCUUUCUUUCUGAAACAGUUUAAUGAAAAGAUUUGAUACAGUUUUGCUCAAAGCAGCAUAUCUCUCUUCUAGUUACUUUCCGAGAGUCCUCUGCCAACUGUUACUUUGAGUAUGGUUCUGCAGAUAGAAGUAUCCUUCCAGUAGAUUGCAUAAUUUUGGCUUAUGAACCUAAACAUUGAAUGUUGACUGAUUAUGACGAGACAACAUGGCAAGUGUUUCCAAAAUCCCCACCAUUAAUGGCGUCCUUGCUCUCUCGUGGUGUCACUGUAUAAUGAUCAUGAACACCUGUCAUCUCGUUCCCCAGGCGUUGAAACCAAUUAUAUCUGCUUUUGCCCAGGAUAUUGGCCAAUAAAAUACAACUCAGGAAUUUUGUUGUCUAUAAAGUUUAGCAUUAUACUAGAUGAUGUCCUUACCUACAAGAUUAUUGGGGCAGCUUCCAAUUUAGACUUUCAAGAAGAUCCCUCCACUUUUCUUCCAUUGGAAACCAGUAAAUGUUUAAUUUUGCUCUCUUCAUCAGCUAUCCUGUAAACUUUUGACUCAACCUGUGACCCUAAGAAAGACAUUGACUGAGCGUACAUCUGCAUCCUAAUCUUGGAGUGCUGCUGAGAAGUUUCAUGUAUCUACAACUUGGGCAUCCAGGAAACAUUCCAACCCCACUAAAAAGUGCUGGACUGUUCUGUACGUAGUUUUGUAUCAGCCAGUGAUGCUAAAACUCCCAAAUCUGCAAUUACAGACUGCAUCUUUCUUUGUUCCGUCGGGUUGCCGGAGUGUACACUGUUUGGAAACUUGUCCAGGUGCAACGUUAAGGUUGUGUUGAGCAAACAUUGAAAUAUAUCCGUUUUAAGCCCUCCCUAAUUUACGUAGGAUUACAAUUCCCACAUAAUUGAAGACCAAAUGAAACAGUCAGCAAAACAAAACCCAAAUCACUGGAGAAAAUACCCAGAGCAAGCUACUGUUCUGAGCAUUGACUGACCAGGUAGGCUGAACUGUACCAUUCUUAGUAUAGACACUGUUGAGCAUAUAAAGAUGAAGAUAUGGCUAGAAGUAAAUUUAAACAAAAAGAAAUUGUAUUUUUACAUUUUUAUGUUCUGAUUUUUCCAAAGUUUUAUUUCAGAUUUUGUUUUUCUGUAAUUAAGCAGUGUAAAGCUUUAAUUUUAAACCGGGCAGCCAUUCCUCUUGUUUAGCUGACCAAUGAUGCACAUGAAUAGUAUGACGGCUGGAUCAGGGCAAAGUGUGAAGACAUUUCCUCAGCAGGCGGCUGAUCCGUCCAAGUAACCACAUUUUGUGGUGGUAUUAAAACCUAACUUUGAAUUUUUGAAAGUAAUCACAGAAUGGCAACAGAAACAUGAACAUGUUGUUUUCCAUUUUUUUUCUUAACUGAAAUAUUAUGUGGUAUUUAUCCCUGCUGUUAUCGAUUAUAUUGUAAUACUUUAUGAAAUGAUUUAUCCUUUAAGGAAAAAAUAUAGCAUCACUGCUGACUAGCAAAUGCUUGUGACUGAAAAGUAAGUAUGGAUGAGAAUGUUGGUUCCAAGUGAUCAAGACAAGGUCUUUUGAUUCACAAUAUAGUCCUCACUCACUGCCCCUACUAAAGAACUUUGGGGAUUUUCCAUUAUUUUCAAUGGAAACUCCUAACGACUCUGGGCUGUUUUGGUGAGAUAUGUCUUGUAUUCUCUUGAUGCAGCAUUAAGCUAUAAAUUAUUAGAUAUUAAAGAUCAUUAUGACUAUUAUUUGUGUGUGUGGAUACUUUGUCUACUGAAGCAAUAUCUUUCAGAUUUCAUGCUUGGAAAAAAGAAACACAAGGCUACAUUAGACUUAUUACAAUGUGCACUCAGAAUAUCUUUUACACAAUGUCACAGAGUUGAAUGGAAGUUCAUUGAAGAGCUGCCAAUGACCAAAUAGUGGACGCAGAGGUAGAGGAGAAGCCAUAACCAAUCCCAUGGCCAUGGGCGUCACGGUAGCAACGCGAUUAUAGCUUGGAGUAUUCAGAAGUUCAGUUCCAGCACCAUUCUUUAAGGCGUCUCUGUAAGUCCUCCACGUCAAAUGCAUUGAUUAAACAUAAGAUACAUCUACAAUAUUCAGGAAGCAAAAUUUUUGUUGUCCAGUGUUAUUGAAUCCAGUGCAUUGAAUUGAGAGCUGUGGAAGAUCAUCUCUCUAGUUUGCUCGAUUUUUGUCAUCCAAUUUCAAUGACCCAUGGUGGAAAUUAGGUCUGUGAGGUUUUGCAGUCUUCAUUUUAAUUACUUUUUCCUUUGUUUUUUUCAUUAAAUUGCAUGAAGUUGCAGUAUUUCCCUAUGUUUAUAUCAUGUUUCACCUGUCGUACUUUUCUCUUUUCCCAUUGAAGGUCAAGUUCUGCAGCUUGUUGACCACUUGUCAAUUGCAUGGAAGGCUAUUCAGUCUACUGAUUUAUGAUAGCUCUCACAACAUUCCCAUCAGUUCCAUUUCUCUGCCCCCCAUCUUAAUCAACUUCAUUCUGAUUCCCUUACCAUCCGCCUACACAGAGGGUAGUUAUCUAAUCAGGCAGCCAUGCACCUCUUUCAGUUUCGAAGGAAAUUGGAGCUCCCAAGUGGAGUUUCAUAGAAUGUGCAAAUUCCCACAGGCAACACUUAAAUUUUGCAUCACUUUGUGUGACUGUACUUGAAAAUCCUUUAAAUGGUCAGAGAUUUAAUCGUUUAUUUUUGUAACCUUGAUGAAUUUCACUUUUCAUUACAAAGGUUAUUAUUUCCAAUAGAGCUGCAACACUUUGAGAGCAUGAAAAUGGUGUUGUACCAAGAAGUUCCUGGAAUGUCUUCCAUUGAUCAAAAACAGCAGUUCUGGCUAAUUUGUGGUGGGGAAAAACCUGUGCCUUGUCUAAAGUCACUUAAUGUUAAACUUCAAAUACCUUCACCUAUCUUCCUGUCAAACUUGACACCAAAUUCAAUAAAGUCACAAUUGGGAAAGUGUUCAUUUGUCACUAAAUUGUUGGUCAAUCAUUGU